AUGCAAAACCAAAAUAAUGUUGUUGUGAUGUUUAUUGGGGACACAGGAUCAGGAAAAAGUUCCCUAGGAAACCUAUACUUAAAAGAAACAGUAUUUGAAACAAGUCAAAAGCCAUCUGCAUGUACUUUAGACCCUACCAGACAUGCAAAUUUUGUAAAUGGUAUGGAGAGGGUUGUCAUUGACACAGAAGGUUUCGAUGAUGGCGAUCAUAUCACAGAAGAGCAGAUUCAAAAACUUGCUCAGUAUCUAAAGAAUUUCGAAGUCGGAAUUAAUGCAAUUGGAAUUGUUAUACAAGCUCAAUUAAUGAGAUUAACAAGGGGCGUAAAGGAUGUCAUUAAGUUUGUGUAUGACGCUUUUGGAGAUGUGAUCCUCUCUCAUCUCUGUGUCUUUUGGACUUUCAGCAAGAAAGACUUUCCAGAUAGACAAAUUAGGGAGCAACAAUAUAAACCAAUGCUUGCAAAAUAUUUGCAAGAAAUUUCAGGUGCUAAAACCCUUCCUAACAUUCCAUUCUAUUAUGUAGACACCCAAAAGCCAGAUAAGGAAUUUUGUGUUCAAAGCAUGACUCAGUUCCAUGGCUGGGCAGUAAGUCGCCAGAAAUUCAGCUCCUCUCAGAUCAAUGAAGCAACAUUCGGCUACUAUACAGAAACAGAAACAGAGGAAAGGGUCAAGGUUGAUACUUUCACAGAAGGCAAAAUCACAUAUGAAAAGUUCAUUGACCGUGUUAGAAGCAAGAUUAUUCCCAAUAACAAUAAGAAUGCUAUUCACUACACAAACUGGGAAACUACCAAAGAAUACCUUGAAAAGAUCGAAGAAGUUACAGAAGAAAAGCAGAAUAAUGUUUUGUCUGGAUAUGUUUACGAGAAUGGCAAUAAAUACGAAGUCAGACAUGAUUUAGUUAGAGAGGUCAAAUUUUACUUUAGGACUAAUGAAAGGAAGGAAGGCAACUGGUCAAUUGCAAAAGAAAACAAAGUUCUCGUCGGAGAAACAAAGACAAAUGAAGAAAUAACAGAGAAAAACUGGGUAGAAAUUGUUGAAGGAGGAUUUAAUCAGAUUACUGCCUCUUUCAAACGUAUCGUCAAGAUUAGCCCAGAUGGUGAACCAAGUUUUGGAGAGUUUCAAGAAAUUUCAGGUACAAGAAAGGUUAAUUUUAUCAAAAACGAACCAAUCAUAAUUAAUAAACGUUCUGGUGGAUGGUGGAAAGCCGUGGCUGGAGCUGUGGUAGGAAGUUUCUUUCUCUAA